AUGGGCAAAAAAAUAUGCAAGUAUUUUGCUCAGACGGGGUUCUGCAAAUUCCGAAACUGUCGAUACGAGCAUGUGGGCCAGAAGCAUGCUCCUGUGUUCGACAAAUCUAGAGGUCAGCCAGGAGGUUCGAAUGAAGAGCAUAAUAGCGAAGCUGCUUCGUUCGGAAGAUGGAGAGCAAAGCUCUCUGGUGGUCCCGUUGGCCACUAUGGCCGUGCAUCGGGAGUACAGUUGGGUCCGUUCUUCAAAGAGGCGAGAAGGCUCAUGACUACUGAUGAGGGUACUCGACAAAAUGUCAUUCAUUGCCUUGCCUCCGAAGAUGGCCUUAAAUUGAUCCAGAAAUUGAUCCAAAGAGAGUUCUCGUCAAUUUCAGAGACUGAGAAGACCCGAAUCUUCCAUGUCGAGAUACAGUCCUUCUUGGAGAUCAUUAGCUCCCCGGAAAUCCAUGAGUCGUUGAUUUUGGAACAGGAUGUUGGCACCAUUUAUAAUUGUAUCUAUGGAGUGGGAGGUCGGCGGGCACACCCCUUUCUAGAAUUUCUGGCUGACGCCGUGGCUAUUGAAAAAGAGGGUGAUACAAAAGCUGCGUCAGUUCACCUCGAAAUGUCCCUGUUCGUGUUUUCUCAGGUCAUUGAGCUCAACUCCGUCGCCUUUGUGCAAGACAAUCUAAAAGUGCUUGCGCAGCGCUUUACCGACAUCAUUACGGCACUCUACGCCGUGGAUAGCCUGUCGCCCAUUCAGCAAUCUCUCCAGUACCUAAAACGUCUGCAACGGCGUCUCGAUCAUUUGUCGUGCGGAAGGACCCCCCCCGGUGGACGUCACGACAAUGAUUUUGCCGAUAUUUCGAAAAUCAACAUCAUGCCUACCUUUGACGAGAUAAACAGCCCUCGCGCGGAGUAUCUUCCGGUGAAAGACCCACGGCAGUGGCAUGUCAACGGAAUAGCUGGAUUGUUAGAUCGGAACUUCCGACUACUAAGAGAAGAUACUAUUGGUCAACUCCGAGAUUCAAUUCAUGCAGAGCUUCAUCCAAGUUCUUCCAGGGACAUCAGGAAGAACCAAACCAGAACCUAUGUCUACCGGCACAUCAACGUUCAAAGCAUCGAUCUCCAUCGAAGUUCUGGAAUGCAGUUUCUUGUGAGCUUUGCUCAGCUCGUUAGCCUCAAAGGGUCCGACAAAAAGAGGCGGGAAGAAUGGUGGAAUCUUUCUAAACGGCUCCAGCCAAGUGCGCUCGUUUGCCUCGUUGAUCCGCGAGGUUUUGCAUUAUUUUGCACGGUAGCCACCCCCGAUCGACGUCAUGAGAAAGAAGAUGCGAACGACAAGCAGUGGAAAAUGUCUGCUUCACUUUCACAAAGCGCUCAUUAUGCCUCGGUCAUCCUGGAGCUGGUGGAGCCCAGUGAAACCAAUUGGCAAUACAUCUUGAAUUGCCGUACUGGGAAUACUGCAAGGAACAAUUCCCAAAUUUCUCUCCUGGAAUUUCCUGGCAUCUUGCUGCCCUCUUUCCACCCCACCUUGCGCGCUCUCCAGAAAAUGCAGAAACUUGCAAAUGUCUCAAUGUCUGAAUUUCUUGCCCCCCUUGAGGUCGACUCCUUAAGUCUGCUAGUCGACGUUCCUCCACCAGCCUAUGCAACCUCCCCUGGAUUUAGCUUCGACCUGAAAUGCCUCAUGAAUGAUAAAUCUAGUCUUAAGGUCGCAUCAUCUGAGCCUGUGGAUAUGGAGAAACUCAGAGGAAACUCCACACUCGAUGAGGCGCAAGCUAGGGCCUUGGUCACGACCCUCCAACGAUGCAUCGGAUUGAUUCAAGGCCCACCUGGAACUGGGAAAAGCUUCACCGGAGUGGCGCUGAUCAAAGUUCUCCUGGAGAACAAAUCACAGAUUGCAUCCGGACUUGGACCGAUUAUUUGUGUCUGCUAUACAAAUCACGCACUGGACCAGCUGCUGGAAGACCUUCUGGAUAGCAAUAUCACCUCUCAAGUCAUUCGCAUUGGCUCUCAAUCAAAGUCUGAGCGUCUGGAAAAACAUCAGCUUCGAAAAGUGAGAGUGGAAAAGACAAGGCUUGAGAGAACAGGCCAAUGGGAAUUACAUAACGUAUUGGACGGACUGGAGGAACGAUUUCGAAAGAUCCAUUUGAAUUCCGUUGGAUCGGGUAUAAGCGUUAAACAUUAUCUUCGAACGUUUCAUCCAGAUCGCUACAGUCAAUUUUUUGAUAAGGACCAUGACGGGUAUGAAAGGGCAUCGGCAUCCAAAGACGAUCCCGAGAAGACAAUGAAAUCGUGGCUGAAGGGUGGAAAAGACAUCAAUAGCCAGACGCGCGGUCUUGAGGAGCUGCGUCACAUUCAUAUCGACCAAAUGACCGCGACUGAGCGGAGAAAUCUUCACAGAUACUGGGUCGACGACCAGAAGGAACGCACACAACUCGAAGCUCAGGCUAUAUUUACCUCGCACCUCGAAGCCAAGGCUUCUUGGGACAAAAUUCGAGAUGAGCUAGAUUUACGAUGCCUACGCGACGCCGAUGUUAUUGGAAUAACCACUUCAGGACUCGCGCGUAAUUUAGACAUGCUCCGGCGCCUAAAGUCAAAGGUCCUAGUCUGCGAAGAAGCUGGUGAGGUUCUAGAGGCGCAUUUGCUAACUUCAUUGCUGCCAUCCAUUCAACAUGUAAUCCUUAUUGGAGACCAUCAACAGCUCCGACCCCAGAUACAGAAUUAUGGACUCUCCCGGGAGAGCCAUGAGGGCAGCCAGUAUGCUCUGGAUAGAUCACUCUUUGAAAGGCUUGUGGAGCCCGAUGACGAGGUCGGGAUUCAGAUCCCCUUUUGCACCCUUGAAACCCAAAGACGGAUGUUCCCAUCGAUAUCUCGCCUUAUACGGGAUACACUCUACCCGAGCUUAGAAGACGCUCCUUCGGUGUCGGAGUAUCCUGAGGUGAUGGGUAUCAAGAAACGACUAUUCUGGUUAGAUCACCGAUAUACAGAAGGCGACACCCUGAAUCAAGACCCGAUGGCAACAUCCCAUUGGAAUGACCAUGAGAUUCAGAUGACUGUUGCCUUGGUCAAUCAUCUUCUCCGCCAAGGCGUCUAUGAGAGCGGCGACAUUGCAGUGUUAACGCCAUACCUUGGCCAGCUCCACCGUAUACGUCGGAAGCUCGCUGAGUCGUAUACUGUCACUUUGGGAGAAGGGGAUCAAGAAGAUCUGGGCAACGCCGGUUUCACGGAAGAAGACGGCGAGAAAAAGGAAAAAGGUGUAUCCAGGUCUACGCUUCUCCAGACUGUGAGGGCGGCGACAAUUGACAACUUCCAGGGAGAGGAAGCAAAAGUCGUUGUGAUUUCUCUAGUCAGAAGCAACAGCCAGCGCCGCUGUGGCUUCUUGCGGACACCAAACCGUGCCAAUGUUCUCUUAUCUCGUGCUAAGCAUGGGAUGUACAUCAUUGGAAACUCCGAAACAUCAAGGGGAGUCGACAUGUGGGGCAAGGUUCUUCAUAUCUUGGAAAAAGAUGGCAAUUUGGGCACCCAACUCGAACUGACUUGCCCUCGCCAUCCUGACACGCCCAUUGUGGUGGAAGAACCAGACCACUUUGUUUACCAUUCGCCAGAAGGAGGCGUCCUUAUACUACCUGUCCUCAUUCAUGUAAUGCCAACUGCCAUGGCGAAGAACCAUGCUCUCCAUGCUCCCUACCUUGUGAAGUGCAAUGUGCCCAUUCCAGAUGCCCGCAAAAAUGCUCCGAGCCUUGUGCUCCUUGCGCUGUUAGUGAAUGUCUCUCCUCUUGUCCCCACAGUAGCUGCUCUAUGCCCUGCUCCGCCCCGUGCGAUCACAUUCCAUGUUCUCUACGCUGUGGCAAGCUCUUGGUAUGUGGCCAUCAAUGCCCUUCGCAUAGACGGCCAGAUGGACUUACGGAAGCAUUACAAGAUGGAUGACCAGAGCAGGCCCAUCUCUAUCGCCGCAUCUUCCGAGCCAUUCUCCAUGGGCGACAUCCGAGCAUGUGCAACAUGCCGUGGAUCCCUGAGAAACAUUUCUCGCUAUGGUAGAUUGGUGAGAAGAGCAUUGCUAGAUGAAGCAACGAAGAAGCUGAUAGUAUACUUGAACCAACGAUAUGUCCCUCUCGCUCAAGAACUGCCAGAGGCCUUGUCCAAACUACAAGAGCAAUAUUCCGACACAGUGGCGCAAUUACUAUUUCAUGGACACUCUCGAAUUGAACUCAAGGGAUCCCCUUCGCAGCAAGUGGCGUUGAUGAGAGGACUGUUAAAUAAAAGGCAUAAAUCGCGCUGGCAUCAAGUCCUGAGUCUCCGUGAAAAGAUUGUGGCUUAUCAGAAACAAGUCGAAGUUGAUGAGCAGCCAUACAAUCGCGUCCGCAAUAUGGUUGAGGAUGCCCGGCGACGCAAAAAGACGUCUGAUCAAUUCAGGUUCGAUGAAACUGUGCUGCAAACCAAAGGACAAAUCCAAGCUACCUCGUUGCUGCUCCGCAUAGAUAUCGCUCUCCUGGGAGAUUUUGUUUCCAUGAAAAACCACUUACGUCCCGGAAUCGACCAAUGCGAAUUAUAUGUUGAUUUCGAAGAACACAGAAAGGUUUGUCGCCGCUUGUUUAAUGACGCAAAAGCUUCCAGACGUAUUCUUCACCAAGCAGAAAGCUCCAUUUUCCUCGCUCAGCUCUAUGCCCUUGAGAUAACGAACAUCAAAGAUAUCUCCCUGGCAGAAAGUCUACGAGGUGAAGCAAAUCUUGCAAUUGACAUGGCAGUCACACUCUGUCAGGAGCAUCCGGAUCAGACGCCUGGAUUGUCUGACGAAAUCGAAGGGACGAGGGCGAUGCUUCGUGGUGCAAAAUUCUAUGCGCCGGUGAGUAAUGAAGAGCGGUUGGCUGUGUUGAAAGCCAUGGCAAGGGAAUUCAGAGGAACAGGUCACUGGUACUAUUGUGAGAAUGGACAUCCGUUCACUAUUGGAGAAUGUGGAAUGGCCAUGCAACUAUCCCGGUGCCCAGAGUGCGGAGCACCGGUGGGUGGUCAGAAUCAUCAGAGCGCUCAUGGGGUGGUUCACGCCCGUGACUUGGAAGAAGCAUUCAGAGAAUUGCAAAUUUGA